AUGAAGAAAAGUAUGGUAAUUGGAGCCAAUGGUCAAAUUGGUACUGACUUAGUUAAUGGCUUAGCUCGAAAAUUAGGAAGUGAAAAUGUUAUCGCUACAGAUAUCAGAGAAGGAGAUCACGGAGAAGUUCAGUUUGAAUUGUUAGAUAUUUUAGACGGAGACAAGUUAAAGGAACUUAUCGAAAAGCAUAAUGUAGGGACUGUUUAUUUAUUAGCGGCAUUACUCUCUGCAGUGGCAGAGCAGAAACCUAUGGCUGCUUGGAAGUUGAAUAUGGAGGGGCUUUUUAAUGUGUUGGAAUUAGCAAAAGAUAAGGUAAUUGACAAAAUUUUCUGGCCAAGUUCAAUAGCCGUAUUUGGUCCAAGUACUCCUAGAGAAAAUACUCCUCAGGUGACCGUAAUGGAACCAACAACUGUUUACGGAAUAAGUAAAUUAGCUGGAGAAAGGUGGUGCGAAUAUUACCACGAUAAAUAUGGAGUUGAUGUACGAAGCAUUCGUUACCCUGGAUUAAUUAGUUAUAAGGCUGAACCAGGAGGAGGAACCACUGAUUAUGCGGUGGCUAUUUACUACAAAGCUUUGCAAGAUGGUAAAUAUGAGUCUUAUUUAUCAAAAGAUACUUAUUUACCGAUGAUGUAUAUGGAAGAUGCAAUAAAAGCUACUAUUGAUUUGAUGCAUGUUGAUUCAGAAAAAAUUAAAAUUCGUUCUAGCUAUAACUUGGCUGGGAUUAGUUUUUCCCCAGUUGAGAUAGCCGAAGAAUUAGCAAAGCAUAUUCCUGAGUUUAAAAUAAGCUACUCUCCAGAUUUUAGACAAGCAAUAGCUGAUUCAUGGCCAAAGAGUGUAGAUGAUACAAAGGCAAAUGAAGAUUGGGGCUGGAAAAACACUUACAAUUUGAGUUCAAUGACUGAAGUAAUGCUAAAAGGAUUGAAGGAAAAAUUAACUGUUACUGAUUCCAACUAA